AUGAAAAAAUAAUAAUCAAAAUCUUAAUCUAAUAGAAACAGAUAAGAAACAGCUCAAUCUAUUAAAAAAUAAGAGAAACUAACUAAAAUAUAAGAAGCCUUUAAUUUUAAUAAGGCAUCUAAAUAUAUUGUAAAUAAAUUAUACAAAAGGAGUUUCAAUCUGGAUUUUAGGAAAGAGCAUGGUUAAUAAAAAGAGGUUAUUAAGAUAGAAUAGAUUUCAAAGAUUCAGAAAUAACAGAACUUAGAAAAUAUUUUUCAUCUCUUGAUGGAGAUGGCUCUGGUGCAAUUGGAAUUGAAGAAUUAGAGGAUCCAUUAAUAGCUUUGGGUUUAGUAAACUCAAGAGAAGAAGUAGAAAAGAUUAUGAAUGAAGUUGAUGAAGAUGGAACUAAUGAAAUUGAAUUUAAAGAGUUUUUGACAAUAAUGAGAGGAGUUCAAAAAGGAGGAAAUACUGAUUAAGGGGAAAAGAAUCCUAUUUAUGAUUUUUUUAAGAGUAAUAGACUAAUUAAUGAUAAUUUUAGAGAUGAGUAAUGGUUAGUUAGAAAAAGGAAUGGAUAAACAUAUUCCUUUUAAAUUAAAUGUCAGCUUAUUUAGAAGAAAAUAAAUAUUGAGUAAAUUAUUAAUUAAAAAAUAAAGAUGCGAUUACAAGUGAUCAGAAAGAAUUAAAAGAUAAAGGUUAAAAAAUUCUGUAAGCAUAUAAAAGAUAGCUUUUAAAUAAUAAAUAAUAAGAGAGAUUGAAUCGUGGAGAAGAUCCAAAUGGUAAGAAAUAACUAUAUAUUUGUAGAUAUAUCUUUAGAUUAAUUUCCAAAUAAAGAUAAUGGACCAAAUCCUAGAAAUGGAUUUCCAAGAUAAUAAAGAAUAAUUCAACCAGAAGCAAAAAUAGGUGGUAAUAAUAAACAUUUAGAAAAAUGA